CGAAGGAGGGAGAGCCGGAGUAACGAACCAAUCAAUGGAAGAAGACGUCAAAAAUGGAAUUAAUUCCAUCUGUAAGUGGACCAAACAAAAAAUAAUGGAGGAAGUUUAUCAAAUAUCAAGAUCAACGUCCCAAAAUCCUCUACGAUCACCAAACCUGAUUGAUUUCUUCGCUACGAAGGAAACGGGGUUGUUAUUACGCUAAUUUCUUCCACCCCAAAUUGUGCUCACGAAGAUACGGACAUGGAGGAUCCUUUGCUUUCAGAACAUCGAAGCGAACUGGGUGAUCAAUCGAGUCAUUAUCAGUACUUGAAAAGAACAGGCUCCGCGAACCCCUCCGAUUCAUUUGCAGGAACCCUAGUUAGCGUCGAGGAAAUUCGAUCGGCGCCCAACGUUUCUGAUUACUACCCGCCUUCUCUUCAUGGCGCAUUGGUUAGUUCGCCGGAGCCUGAUCCUAGAGAUCAAGCUCUUUCUUAUCAAGGUGGAUAUGCAGGAGAGUUUGGCCGAACCAGUAAUGAUUUUGGGAGACAAGUAUUGGAUGAAGUAGAGAUAAGAGAACUACUUAUUGAUCAUGUUGGUCACCGUUGUUGUUGGGGAAGUCGUCCUGCUCGUAGGUGGAAGAUUUCUGCUGUGGAAGACUGUAAUGUUUAUGUGGGAACUCUGGAUACUUUUAUAGAGGAAAGGGAUGUUAUAAAAGAAACCGAGCCAUAUAAAGGCGGUGCGAUCGAUGGACGAAACAAUGGACCCGAGCUUGGGGUCUGGGAAUUGGAUUUGAAAUCUGAGUUCCCACCUCUUUAUGUACCUUCUAAAGAAUCAAGGAAAAGGAUUCCUCAUUCAGAAACCAUUGAGAAGUGUUCAGUCUGUGCAGGACGAGGAGAUCUCGUAUGUCCGACAUGUAACCCAGAUCAAGAACCUGGAUUUUACAUUGGAAAUCAUAUGGUCCAAUGCCCUUCUUGUUAUGGUCGAGGUUUGAUAGCUCAUAGAGAUGGAUCAGACUCCAUAUGUGCAAAAUGUGAUGGCAAGGGAAAACUUCCUUGUGCAACCUGCGGAUCUCGUGGCCUAAUUAAGUGUGAGACAUGCCAACAUAGUGGUUCUCUCCUGACUCGCAGUAUUGCCGUUGUUAGCUGGAGGACACUUUCGACUCGAAAAGUAAGCGCUAUGAGCGGAGCAGCAUCUGUACCAGACGAAGUGUUCCACAGAGCCAAAGGUGUCCAAUUAUGCAACACUCAAGCCUAUCAAUGUACUCCAGCUUUCUUCGCAGAUUCCUUCUUCCUCAACAAGUUCUCUUCUGAAGUGAUUGCGGAUCGAGCAUCAAUCGCUCCCACUGCACGUGUGAUAUGUGAACGACAUAUAAUCUCAGUCGUACCGGUGACCCGCGUCACAAUGGCUGACCAUGGAAGGUCCUUCAGUUUCUACAUUGUAGGUUUCAGCAAGGAAGUUUACUUGAAGGACUACUACCCCUCAAGGUUCUGCUGGGGGCUGUGCCCUUGCUUGGAGUGGCUGAAGUUGUAAAGAAAACCACAUGGUGUGAUGAUGCACAUGGCUGGCUGCCAGUUAGAAUUGUAUUGUGACUCUGAAUUCUUCUCAUGGUGGGCUUCUUCUUUGUUGUGUAAUUUUAUUCUCGUUGUGCCAUGGGUUAUCUUUUUGGCUAAGUCUCCUUUCUUUUUGCUUUGUGCUUUUCAGAGUGACUGUGAGAACCCUCUCUGUUUCGCUUUGCUUUGCUUCAAAGUUUGGCUUCAAUUACAUCACAUUCACUUCUCUUUCAA